AUGACUGAGGGCAUGACCCAAAUGCCCCCAAAGGAGCAGUAUGCACACCUCUGCACAGCAGCAGGCUGCCACGCAAACACACAACUCAUGAAGGAUUUGCCAAAUACAGUAGAGGGAUUAGGAACGCUGCGCAAACUUGAUCUCUCGCGCAGCAUGUUGCGAAGAACGGAUGUUGAGCCUCUCGUACAGGCAAUCCUCCGCCAUUGUAGAAGUCUGCAGGUGCUCAAUCUCUCGCACAACUAUCUAACUGAUGACAGUGUCAUACAGAUAUGUGAAACUCUCGUGGAGAACUCUCCAAUGCUUGAAACCCUCGAUCUUUCAGACAAUCCGCUCUCCAAUAAAACAGGACGCUACCUUGCACGCUUUGUAUAUAGCAUGCCAUCUUUAAAAAAUAUCAAAGUCCAAAAAACUCUCAUGAGUGAGAACAUACUAUUAGCUCCUUCCUCUAUAUCAAAACCACAACAAAGCUCUGUUCAUAAAACACAGACUACGACUACAACUAUGGUUUCAUCAACAAGAGACGAUAACUUUGGCAACAUGGCAAAGGGGUGUGUCAGUAGUGUCCAUGACUGCACGAGGGAAGAUGGUAGGGUUAAAUCAACCAAACAGCAAUGGGCAGCACUUAAAACUCUCUGGAGAGCCGCAACACUUGCCGCUCCACAUAGUGACAAUUAUUCUGCAUUAGCCACUCUCAUCUCCAUGACACAAGAAGAUGAUGAUGAUACAACUCAAGUACAACAAAACAUAUUCACGACAAUAAGAUGUGCACAACGACAUCAGUUUUAG